AUGUCGAAACCAGGACCUAACAAUACAAUCGAUGGCACAAAAUCUAUGCCUUGCAUUGAACUGGCGCCUCCCAUAUUAGAUGAGUCGUCCGACCAUUCAUUUGCGUCUUACAAAAGUUUCAAUACGCUACACGAAUGGGAAAUCCAGGAUCAUACUGAAAUACGUCCAAAUGUAAAAGCUUUGAUAGACAAGCAUAGGUCGUUUCAAGAAAACUUACUAAUUUAUGUUAAAGUAAACGACUCCAACUACAGUGACCAGAAAUCGUGUGCCAAUGAUUGUGAACGUUCAAGUGAUAUUGUGGACAACGAUUGCAUACAAAUGAAAGGUGACACGAAACAGGUGGAAAACGUCGAAGAUGUCGUGAAUAAUCAUCUGUUUGAAAUUUGUACUGUCCAACAAAUGGCGAACAAUCCAAAACCACUGGAGGUAGAAAAAAAUAUUGUUUCGAACUCUGAAAAUAUUGAUUUUAAAUCUGGAAUGGCCGAACGUUUUUGGCAAAAUAUUGUUUCCAUGGUCAGAAUUAACAAUACUUACUACCACUAUUUGAAACAGAUAACAGACAAGCGGAAAUUUAAAAACCUCGAGGACGUAGUGGUUCACGCCAAAUUGGCGUUGAAAAUGGCUGGCGAUGAAUCUGAACUAAUCGGAUCGGAACUUAUCGAGUCGUCCAAGAAAUAUUUGGAAAAGUUCGGCAUCGUGUUGGACAGUAAACUGAAUGAGAAAUUGAGGAGAGCUCGUUCGUCAUCAGAAAACGAUAUCACAAUGAGUGCUCUCAGACUGGAGUUGGCCGAAAAUAAGAGGCGCACGAAGAUCGCUGAAAACAGUAUCGCACAGCUUCAGAAGGAAAAGAAAGACUUGUUAAACAUAUUGACCAGCUACGAUUCUGAGAACAUUAACAAAGUGUCGUUGGAAAAACGGUUCGAAGCUGAGCGACAGAAAAACAACGAAUUACGCGAAUUAAUUAGUAGGUACUAUAUUCAAAAAGAAAAUGCCUUUUAA